AUGGCCGCGAACCCAUUCGACACACCUCAAUUCGGCGCCGAAUUCUUCGACCUCUAUCAUGAAAACGCCCCCAUUGUGCGCACCGCCAUUCCUCAACUCCCUAGCGGCGGGUGCAAUUAUGUGGACUUGACGCCCGGCGCUGGAGGAGCGCGAUGCGGCUGUCGUCGCUUCUGGUCUUUCCAAUCUACAGGAAGUCCCGUCGUGGAGCAGGCUGGAUGGUGCAUGUGCAACCAUCAUGCGUGUUUCCAUGAUGAGCGUCCUCGAGAUCAGCCUCAACCUCAGCCGCUGCCACUGCCGCUACCACUGCCGGCAGAGAGAAUGCCAACUCCCAACACCGGGCUCGACCUCGAGAAGCUACAGUCUAGACAACGACUGGACCCCCUAAGCCCGACCCUGGAUCUCAUCUCGCCCAAGGAAACAGCGGCAGUGCUUGGACCCGAACUCAUCAGCUUCAAUGGGGCUCCCCCGCUAUCCUUUCUGCAUAAAUCCUUCGACGGCCCCUUCGAUACUCUAGGAGCCGUUCCCACUCCCCAACAGGCGCCCAACUCAAUGCCGGAUACAAUGGCCUGGACAAACAUCAUACCACCAACUCAACCAAACACCUGUAAUGCGUUGCCGCCUAUUCCUGCUCAGUGUCUCAUGUCCCAGACGGCCUCCACAACUUCUUCCAUGCACACCAGGUACCUCAGGCCCUUUGCUGGAAAGGGCUUACAGACUCUCAGCCACAAUAGUCCAGCUGGAAUGCUACAGCAAUCCGCUGCCCAGACUGCUUUGCAAGAAUCUCCCACGCAGCAGAAGACCGCGAGCGUCGAAGAGACAUUCGUCUUCUUGGCCCCUGAUGAGGAAUCACCCUCACGGCCGGACACUGCUACUACCCAAAUCGAACCCCGGGUUGCAGCCGCAGUUGAGGCCAUACCUCGUGAGACGCUGAAGAACCUCGCUGACACUGUCGGUGGCCACGCACAACGACUCGAUAGGCUGGAGACACUCUCCUUUUCCGGCAGCGCCCACGAAGAGUGUCAAGACAAGUACGAGCACAUGGACCUUCGUGUCACUGAGCUGGAGAGCAAAGUAGAAGACAUUGAGAGGCGCGUUCUUGAUGACAAUGCAAGUCUCCGUCACGAUCGCCAGGAGGAUGCUGCCAGCCCAAGUAUGGUUUCGGUCAGCUCCAGUGCGGCCAACCGACCAAGUCGCUCGCAAGAAGUAUACAGCCAGCUCCAGUCGCUACAAGCCCAGGUCGACCAACUUCAAUCCAUCAUCCCUACAUGGAAUAACCCGUGGGAGGUCGAGGUUGUAUUUCUUCCGUUUCCUCUCAAAAGGGUCUGGCAGCAUAUGAACCUAUUCCCAACAGAUCCCAAUACCGAAAAUGGAGACGACUGGACUCAGCUUCCCAUGACGCUGAGCACAUCCACACCUAGAGCCCAAUCUCCGGCUAUGGGCGACUGGCCCACGCAUGACAAUGGCAGGGAAUGGCUGUUUCCUAGGGCCUGUGGUAAUAAGAGCGCUGCCGACGAGCGCCUGAGGAGCCGCGGGCUGGUGAAGACCAUAAAAGUAAAGGCGCCAGAUGCGAGAAGCGUCAGCAUGGCGAUGCUAGCUGCCUUUGGAAAUGUAUUCCGUGAUAUGCAGAUGUAUACGAGACCUCAAAGCCCCGGCCUGAAGGCAUCCAAGUUCAUGGGGCUGCAAUCUUCAUGGGUUCCUCUGCGGAAAAUCCACAAAGAUUCACGGCUACGGUUCCUUAGUCCUGACGAGAUGGCGACCCCGGCACUUUGGGACGUGCAGUUUCUGGCCUCCGUCAUGAUGAAGGCAACGGAACCUAGAUUGUUCGUUACCCAUCCUGAUGCAUACCUCCAGGACUAUCAAGCAUAUGACUCGGCUUGGACAUGGCAGAGGCUGAAAGACGUGCCACCUGCGUAUCCUGACGUUACGGAGUCACAAGAAGUGCCCGAGGCGGAUUCUCCUGAAGAGUGUUGGGCAUGGAAUGAGCUGCUUGACGAUUCGCCAAACGCGCAACCCCCCACCAUACAACACCGCCAGGAAAGGCACAGGGUGUCAAUAUCGCCCUCGGUGGAAUACUUUUCUGCUAAUCAUUCGUACCGAGCGACCAGCCCGGCUGCGGCUGCCCGCCUCCAAAGAUCGAUAACAAGGAGUCGGGAGGGAUCAGAGGCACCGUUUAUUAGGACAACACCAACGGCAACCAUCAGCUCCACAAUGAUCCAGAGCGGAAAUCCCAGGCAGCGGCUAGCAUCCCGCGGACACAGCCGGCGGUCCUCGCCAAGCGUUCAUGGCGUACCUCAGGCUGGUGUCAGGAAGAGGCGCCGUGCUCGAUCGCCCAGUUAUCCUCGGUUCACUCCGAGGAGGACCACAUCACCAAUUCCUUCAUCCAUCAGUCAUCACGAUCGCCAAACUAGUCGAGGGAUCACUCCCGGCCGCGGCACAACCCCUGGCCGAGGCACAACUCCAGGCAGGGGCACAACUCCUGCUCGAGGCACUACGCCAGGUGGCUAUGCUACGCCUUACAGCAUCGCUGCCCAUGGGGAAGUCCUACUAGAACGAGGAAGCAGCGUUUUUGAAUCAGCGCCCCCGUCUGACGCAGACGAUGACGAAGACGAUGAUAUUGACUUUGAGAUACUCGAGAGCAGCGGCUCUGACCAAUCCUUUGUCGACGAAAACGACUACGGCAACGAUGGGGACGACGAGAAAACCAGCAUCACCAGCGCACAGCCAGUUGCUCGGCCCCUUUCCGCCUCUCGGAAUAGUUACCCCGGAUGGAUGCGAGAGCGAGAGCGGGACGUCGCUUGGCCUGGUCUCGAAGAUCAAGAAAACGCUCACCAUUCGGACGGCGAAAACGUCGACCCCAACGCCAUGGAGGUGGAGCACGAGAGCGACAACAGCAGCCAGCCGCCGUCUGAGUAUCCGAGCACGCAAAAGGCGUGGCCGGACCAGGCCGAUCGCGCAUCAUCGGAAUUUAGCAUCCAUCAAGAUGAGGAUCACUGA